AAAACCCUCAAAUGUUGCAGACCCAACACCUCCUCCUCCGUUCCACUCUCCCCAUCUCCCUCUCUCCUCCUCAAACCCACUUUCUCUUUCCUCCCAAUCUCUCCUCCUCACCUCUCAACUUUCUCCACAAACCCAUUAACCACACCUUCCUCUCAGCCCACUCCACUCCCAGACCGGACCAAUGGCUUGCCGAAGCUCCAGAACCUCCCACCGGAACCGGAACUUAUACAGUUCCAGACGAAGAGGGCCCCAUUGAGAUUUUGGAUACUGAUUCUCCCAUAUUUGCUACCAAUGAUGACCCUUCUUUUAUCCAAACCGCCACCAGUGUUCUCCUCACUGGAGCCAUCACUGUUUUUCUCUUCAGGUCGAUACGACGUCGUGCCAAGCGUGCUAAGGAGUUGGUAAAGAUCAUAGCUUUUCUCUUCGUUUAUGUGUUUGAAGUUUGGAACUUUAUGAAAUUACCCUUUUUGUUUUUUACGUGUAAAUUUUUGUGUUUGGGAUGAAUGAUGAGGAAUUGGGUAUUUCUGCUUUGAUUGUAAUGCCACCCCUUUAUGCAUUAUUGAGCUUUGAGUUUAAGUUCUUGUGAGCUGGGUGUAUAUGCUUUUGCUCAUUUUGGAUUUUGGAAUGAUUUUAGUGGAUACCCUUUAUUAGUUUAUUUGAUAUCACUAUGCAUGUAAAUGUACUGUGGUAAAAUUUUGAUUUUGAGGAAUUGAGAUUUACAUUGUGCCAUUUGGGUUACUUCCCAGUUUUAUUUGUUUGGAAUUUAACCAAUAUGUGGACUUUGAUGGAGUAAUUUUGGUGACUAGAAAUUUAGGUCUACUGGAGCAACCCAAAAAAAGUCAUUGAAGGAAGAGGCUUUGGAUAGCUUGAAAGUGAUGGCUUCAGGGUCCAUUGAAUCAAAGACACCUUCACCUGUUCAGGCAUUGUUGGGUGGAAUAUCAGCCGGAGUCAUUGCACUUAUUCUUUACAAGUUCACUACCACGAUUGAGGCAUCUCUCAACCGCCAAACGAUUUCAGAUAAUUUUUCGGUUCGUCAGAUUACAAUCACAAUAAGGACCAUUAUCAAUGGGUUGUGCUACCUUGCAACAUUUGUUUUUGGCAUCAAUGCUGUUGGUUUAGUUCUUUAUGCUGGCCAGAUUUUCAUCAAUGACGAAUUUAAAAGUGAAGGAACUGAGAAGCAGAGUAACAAACAGUCAGGCUCACCGACUUCAAUGGUUGAGAGUCCCACAGAUACUGCUGUGGACAAUAACAAGGGGGAUGAAAGUUCAGAUGAGCCACAAUAGAAGUGGAAGAACCAACAUUGAGGUAGAGGAGUAAGAUUUCGUCAUUUUAACUGUUUGAAAAUAUCUUCUGAGUGAAAGCUGUGUAAUUUCAUGCUGCAUCAUUGUUCAUCAAAUCCUCUAUACUAGCAUUAUUAGAUGAUUAUAGAAGGGGCAUUGGUUUUGUAGAAGCAGUUGUAAUGUUUCUGUAUCUUGCUUAUUCAUCUGGCAAGAAAGUAUCAAGAAUUGAGGAUCCAGGAGUUUCAUGCUACUGGAUGAAACUUGAUACUCC